UCUUUGAAACGGGAUAGAAAGUUUGUCAGUGACACGCGAUUGCUUCGGUUCCUGAUGGUCUGAAAUACAGCUUCCCUAAUUCCGGCUGCUGUUUUGGAUCGCCGGCUAGCCAGGAUGGCGGAGGUCAGCCGGAGAUUGGGGAGGGGAGCCAGCGGGGUCCUGAAUAACCAGUAUAGAGCAUUAAACCCAGGCAGCAGCGGCGACCCAGGGGCAGUCACUGAGCACGUACAAAGGACACAACACAAGGGGGACCCGUCAGCUGGAGCCCGAGCUUUGUCAGGCAGCGGAACUUUGAUACCCGCCGGCGACCGGUGCCAAUGUCAGCUGUGCAAUCUGUCACCGGUCUGUCACCAAAGUUUGCAGAUCUCGGUAAGUCGUGCACGGAAUCCGACCAGGAGUAGCAGCUGUGAUAAAGCUGGGAUAGUGCGCAAUGAACCUUCACCCAGCUGCGAAGAUGCGUCUUUUUCGACCUUAGAUUUAUAUCUGGGAGUAAGGAGAAGCGCCCCCACCUUGCUAGGACCCAUGUCGGAUUUCGAGGAGGCGGUGUUGGUUUUUGUUAGUGACAGGCUGUUAUUAAAGGAGGGGGCUGUUAGGAAAGAAAGAGACGGGCAGCUGCAUUCACUGGCUGAAGCCUUCCUUGUGUGCAAAGCCAGUGCAAGCACUUUCUUGGACUUUAGUGAUACGAAUGGAUCAUUUUCAAUUGGCGCUGCUGACCCGGGCUUGAAGAGAAGCCCUUAUCUCGGUUGGGGUGCAACAGGGUUUAAUAAAGGCAGGUGGAGACAUCGGCUCCAGCAGGGAGCUCUUUGCAGCGGUUGGAAGGCGGUCUUGCUGCAGCCUCAACCCCCCUCGAGUCUCUCUUCAGCUCGGUCUUACACUAAAAACAACAGAACCAACGGCAGCCCCCCUCUCUAUAAAAGCAAAACGGCUUAUUAUGAUAUCCUAGACGUGAGCCCCAGCGCCACUCAAGCCCAGAUCAAGACCGCGUACUACAAGCAGUCCUUCGUCUACCACCCGGACAAAAACGCGGGCAGCGAGGGGGCCUCCGUGCGCUUCUCGGAGAUCAGCGAGGCGUACAACGUGCUGGGCAGCAUCGCGCUGCGGAGGAAGUAUGACCACGGCAUCCUGAGCCAGGCUGACGUCCAGAGAGCGGACAGGCCCUCGCCUAAGGACACGCCGGGCCCCAGCUCAACCAGUCAGCGCAAGACAACGCGCGCCACGCCGGCCCCCGGGGUGGGAGACAAGCCCGUCUUCGAUUUUGAUGCCUUCUACCGCGCUCACUACGGCGAGCAGCUGGAGCGGGAGAAGCUGCUGCGGUGGCGCCGGGAGCAGCAGCGGCAGCGGCAGCAGGACCUGCACCGGCGCUGGCAGAUGGGCAAGAUGACCGAGGUCUCCGUGGGGUUGCUGUUAGCGCUUGGGUUUGGCAUCCUGAUUAGCACGAAUUCUUGAGAUGGAAAUGCUGCUCAGGUUUAUGAUGCAAAAAACUGGCGGUAAAUUGUUCAGCUAGUAGACAGCCUGGUAUUUUACAUACUUGUAAAUGACAAUUUAGACUAACAAACUCCCAUGCACUGUCAGAACUGCUGGGGACAAAAUGAUCCUAUUGUAUUGAUCUGUUAUCAAGUGGUACGGUAUGUAGCCACUCCUGUGUUUUAUCUAAAUGGAAUCCCUAAUCAGCUUUUAGAAUCGUCACAUUGAAGUGUUAGUCUGAAAUGUGUCCAGUGGCACAGACUGUUGAGGCAGUUACUUCAGUAGAGCACACUAAUCCACAUCAAUAUAUAUCAUGUAUAUCGUAUCUCAUCAAUACAGCAGUGCCACAUUGGUUAGUUUCUUUAACCCUACCAUUGUAGCUGCUGUACAGUAGAAAUACAUUGUGUUACUGUAUUGUAAAUAGAGAGCGCAGUGGACCCGGUGUUGGCUGUCAGAUAUUGUAUAUUGUUAGCCUAAUGUAUUUUCUGUCAAGGGGAUGGGUGUUGGAGGUACCCCACAUUGUGGAUCAUGAAUCAGGCCUGAUUGUGUGAGAGGUGCCUUGGUCUCAUUUGAAAAAGCCAGCGCUCUUAAUGGAAAUGCAAAGAGGGAUGUUCCGUGUGUAUUUAUUGAAUAAAGGAGUGUGACCCAUCAGUACAAAAUGUGACAUACAGUACACAAUACAACAAUGUGUUGGGUUUACUAUUAAAAAGAACUCACUUCGAAAAGAGCUGAUAAUGCAUCUGGAACGUUAAGCAAACUGAAUUACACUUGAUGUGAAACAUAGGCAAUAAACACCUAUGUUGAUACACUUAUGCAGAUGACAUAAUUAGCCUCAAUAGUGAUUCUAUUUACACAAUGCAAUUUAGGCUUUUCUUUUCAAGCCCAGGAUUCGCUCCCCUUCUCUCCCUGUACGUAUUUAUAUAGCCCUGCUCACAGCUGGCACCUCGACUUGCAUUACACUGGUGCUCUGUGUAGUUUGAUCCUCUGAAGCAUGUAAUGUUGAAUCGCAAGAAUGAUGCUGCAUUUCCUUUUUGAAAUCAAUUCCCAAUUCCAAUUUCUUGGAAGGAAUUGGGAUUGAUGUUUUAGAGACACAGUGUUUGUUGUGAUUGUUCCACUGCUUGCAUUUGAAUGGCUGGUCACUGAAGUCAUUUGCUGCCGCUGUGAGAAUCUCAUUUUAACAAGGAACUGGAACAGGAACUGGUCCUUUGAAACUCAUUCAUUCUGCACAUUGCACAGCUACCUGUAGCGCUUACUGACUUGUUCCUUCAUGGGCUCUUACAUUUUGCUUUGUCAGCAGUUUUUAUUCUAUUUUUACAGUAAGACAACAGACUGGUGUUUUUUUUUUUUUUUUUUUUAAACAGAUUUGUCACUGUGUUUAUUCACAGAAAUAUAAAGAAAUACAUCACUUUAUACAAAAGUGCACUGACGGUUAGCUGGACGAAUUAUUCAGUUCAGUUUAAAAAAAAAACAGACAAGUUUACCUUCACAAUCCCCCCCCCCCCCAUUCUCUGCUGGUGGGACAGACACAACCGGGAAUGCAUUUACUUUUUUGAUCUAAUGAUCUCACCUCCCCAGCCUUUACACUUGUGAGCCUCUCUGUAUUUGCAUCACCCCUGGGGGAAACGGCACAGAGAGAUAAUGGUUGGACUGGAGAUUUUGUAGGAAUCUUUCAAAUGUAACAGAGCCCACAGUCCUUAUGUGCAGAUCAUCUCCCCGGUGUGUAUCAGAGGGCUUCAUGCACCUCUGUCUGUUUAGAUCAUUAAACCCGACCGCUUACUGAGCGGUUCAACAAAAUACAAGAUGACUGAAGUCUUGUUGUAUUUUAAUAAUAAAUAGUAAACAACGAGAGCCAUGAAUCAUCGUACACACGUUCAUUCAUUUCUAACCCUGUGCUGACAAUACUUCCCGACUCGCACAGAAACCAGAAUAACAACAGAAAAAUACACAGCAAACAACAGCAGCACAGGCAAUAGAGGGGAAGAGCGCAGCUUCACAGUCUAGAUGAACUGUAACAUCAAUGACCUGGCUCAAUGAAACUCUUCACAAACAGACCUGUGGAGCGCCAGCUCUCUCUCAGCACCGACCCGAAGGUUACACUCCAAUGUCGGUGUUGCUUUCCUUACUGCAGCUUUUAAAAAGUACCAUACACCAAAGCAAACAACUCUGUGAAACACAACCCAGGUUUUUGGCAUUGUAAGCAGCGCUACACAAAUAAGUGCACACAGCUGUAGUUUUAGUGUUUGUACUUUUUGAAGGCAGUGCCAUCGUUCAGAUUGACUCUUGGGAUAAGGAACGUUACAGAAGGUUUACGCUAGGAGGACUGCAUAAACACUUACAGCUUCUCAGCCUGGAAAAGAUAUAA